GGGGCAGUCCAGAACAUCUUGAUCAAUGUCUUGAAAACAGGGCCGGUCCCAAAACACAUCUCGUUUGUGAUGGACGGCAACCGUCGGUUUGCGAAAAACCACAGUCUUCCGCUAAAGGAGGGACACAGGUACGGUGCAGAGGCGUUGAUGCGUGUGCUAGAAUGCUGUUUCAGAGUCGGGGUGAAAAACGUCACCACCUACGCCUUCUCGAUCGAGAACUUCAACAGAAAGGCCGAGGAGGUGGACACGAUUUUCUCCUUGCUCAAGUACAAGCUUGCUUUGCUCUCCGGAGAAAACCAGAUGUGUGACCUGCACGAAGUGCGGGUAAAGAUCAUCGGCAACAGGUCGUACUUGCCCGACGACGUGCUCCAGGACAUCGAGCUGGUCGAGGAAAAGACCAAGCACCACACCAAGCAUACCCUAUACGUCGCGUUCCCGUACACGUCCAGAGACGAUAUGUGGUACGCCGUGGACCAGCUUGUGGACAAGGUGACCGAGGGCGAAAUCAGCGUCGACGAGAUCGACGAGACCUUGUACGAAAACAACUUCUACUACGAGGACACCUCUGAGAAGGUCGACAUCCUCGUGAGAACCUCGGGCCACACCCGUUUGAGUGACUACAUGCUCUGGCAGUGCCACCAGGACAGUGUCAUCGAGUACCCAAACACCUUGUGGCCGAACUACAGGUUCUACAACACCUGGUGGACCAUUUUCAGAUGGAGCUACUACAAGACCUUGAUGAUCCAGGAUGCAGAGGUCAUGCAGUUGAAGAAGGUGUCUAGAGCAGAAGUCAACCGCAGGUACAAAGACGUUCCCAAAAUUCACCCUCCCUUCGCAUCUGUCAACAAGGCCUAGGCCCUCCACUGUGCACACUUCCCCGUCUUUGCUGUCCCAGUGCCGGGACCUUCUUCUUGCUCAUCCUUACACUUCUCUUUGCUACCCAACCCCGCCCGGCAUCUGCAUCUACCGC